AUGGCUGAUGUGCUGGCAGAGACCAAAGCGCCUGUCAUCUUCUUCCACUCGUCUGCCUAUGCCCUCUCAAAGCACCAUAGAAAUGUGCCGGAUUGUCUUGACAUAUCCGCAUAUCCACAGCUAGCCAAGGUCCUCCUCAAGCGUGAAGCCACGGAUGAACAAGUCCAAGAGUUUGCUGGAGAAAACAUCUCUCGAGCCUGGUCUGAGGUAGAGGACUAUUCCAAGAUAUUAAAGUCUGCCAUGGAAAAGCCCAAUCAGGCGACUUGGCUGGGACGGAAAUAG